UCGCAACUUGUUGAUCGGUUCAAGUUACUGAUCAGUUGGUCUUUGGAUAUUUCGGAGUGCAGUUGUCUGGCGCGCAAGCAUUUAUUCACAGCUCUACCUCUUCCUCUAUACAACAAAGAUGGACUUGACCGGUUGCGGGUUAAGUGAUCCCCAGACGCAGCUGGCCGCGGCGCUGGCCAAUCGCAAUAUAAAAGAGUUCCAAACGGCGCUUCAGCUGGGCGCACAGCCGAAUCUGGAGGAUGAGCGACACGCGAGCAUCUAUGAGAAGGCUCUGUCCACGCCGGGCUGCGCGGAAUUUAUCGAGGCAUGCCUCGCACACGGCUGCAAUGCGAAUCAUAUCAAUCUGAAGCACAAUAAGGCAGCUAUUAGCUAUGUCUGCGAUUCCAGAGAUCCCUUGAAUUUGGCGGUGCUGCUGCGCCGUCCCGAGGUGCUGGUGGAUCGUAAAUAUGGCCGGCUGACUCCACUUCACUCGCUGGCCAAGAAUUUGAAGCCAGAGAACGUGGAGCAGGUGCAUAGAUGCAUGCAGCAGCUGCUCGAUUACGGAGCCUCGCCCAAUGUGGUGGACCAGGGCGAGCAGACGCCGCUGCAUUUGGUGCUGCGCAACAAUAGGAUACCGGCUCCUGCCAAGCAGGAGCUGGUGAAGCUCUUCUUGCAGCAGCCCAGCCUGGACAUCGAUACCUAUCGCAAUGGCGAAGUGCGUCAAAUGUUGGCGGCGCAGUAUCCAGAGCUUCAGCUGCCGCCGCAGCGAUCGGUGAACGACGAUGGAGAGGUUGACUUGGAGAGAUUGCUGCGGCAACUGCGGGAUGACGACGAGUCCCAAUUCGAGCAGCUACUCGCUGAGCAUAAGCUGAACAUCAGUGACCAGGAAAACCAACGCAACAUACAGCAGGAGCAGUACCUGCCGCUCCUGAUGGAGUCCAUCAAGCUGGGCAAGCAGAGCGCCUUCGAGGCGAUACUCCAGACGGGCAUCAACGUCAAUCAGAAGCCAUUGGGACAGGCUAGCUCAGCUGUGGAGCUGGCCAUCAUCUGGGGCAAUUGGCGCGCACUGGAGAAGCUGCUGCAGCACCCGGAGCUGAAACUGGGGCCCGACAGCAGGCUGCUCAAUGCCGUGAUCAGCAGGCUGGACCAACAGCCGUUGGAUAGUUUCUGUGAUUAUUCGCGCUGCUUCGAGCUGCUGCUCGAUAGCCCGCUGGUGGACAUCAACGAGCAGGAUGCCAGCGGCCAAGUGCCGCUCUACUAUGCGGUCAAAUACCGCAAUAUGGAGGCGGUGCAGACGUUGCUGAGCCACGGCGCCUACAUCGGCUCGAAGAGCGUCUUCGGUGAGCUGGCCAUCGAGCAUAUGUGGCCGGAGCUGCUGGAGCAACAUUUCGACUCCUGCAUCACGACAAAUGCCCAAAAAGCGGGCGACCAAAACUUUGAGAUUAUCAUCGACUUCAAGAACCUAAUGCGACAGCAGCCCAUUGUCGAGCAGCAGCCGCUCAAGCGGCGAUCCAUGCCAGCGCAGGACGAAAUGACGCCCAUUGCGUGCAUAGCCAAGUCAAAGGAGCUGCGACCCUUGCUGCAGCAUCCACUAAUCUCCAGUUUCCUCUUCCUGAAAUGGCACCGCCUCUCGUUCAUCUUCUACAUCAAUUUUGUGAUCUACACCUUCUUCACGGGCUCCAUCAUCAUCUACACGCUGCUCAAGUUCCACGAGAGCAGCCAUUCGGGUCUGACGGCCCUCUUCGCCAUCCUCUCGUGGGUGGGCAUAUGUUAUCUGAUUAUAAGAGAGCUGAUACAGUUGCUGAUGGCACCCAAGUGGAGUUACUACUUCUCCCUCACCAAUGUGCUGGAAUUGGCGCUGAUUGUCCUCUCCAUUAUGACGUGCAAGGAGUCGAGCUUCGAUAGGGAGACACAGCGGGUGCUUGCUGUCUGCACCAUCCUGCUGGUUGCCUUGGAGUUCUGCUUGCUUGUUGGCUCGCUGCCCGUAUUGUCGAUAUCGACGCACAUGCUCAUGCUACGUGCUGUCUCGAGCAGCUUCAUCAAGAGCUUUGGCCUCUACUCCAUCUUUGUGGUGACCUUCAGCUUGUGCUUCUACAUACUGUUCGGAAAGCCGCAGGAACAGCAGGAGAAGCCGCCGCAACCUGGAGCCGAGGGGGAUAGUGGCUUCAAUAGCUUCUCAAAGCCCAUCGAGGCCGUGAUCAAGACCAUAGUCAUGUUGACGGGCGAGUUCGACGCCAGCAGCAUCAAAUUCGACAGCGUGCCCACCUACUUCAUCUUCCUGCUCUUCGUCUUAUUCAUGACCAUCGUGCUGUUCAAUCUGCUCAAUGGCCUGGCCGUCUCCGAUACUCAGGCCAUCAAAGCCCAGGCGGAGCUGAACGGCGCCAUUUGCCGCACCAAUACGCUGCUGCGCUACGAGCAGGUGUUGAUGGAUCGCAAGGGACGCACCGGCUACCUGAUGAGCACCAAGCCCCUACGCUGGGCGUAUGAGCGCUUGAUUCGCGUCUAUCCCAACUAUCUGGCACUGCGCCAGAUCUCGGUGCUGCCCAACGAUGGCAACAAGGUGCUCAUACCACUUGUCGAUCCCACCGAGAUGAGGCAGCGCAACAAUGCCACCUUCCAGGCGGUGCCCACCAAUCAAGACUGCCAACAGAAACUGCUCGAUCCGCCCCUGAACCUUCUGCCCUGCUGCUGCUCAAUGCUCAAGGGCAAAUGCUCCCGCAUCGAUAGUCGCACCGUCAAGCAGGCCCUGGCGAUCAUCGAGCAGCGCUCCAGCGGCGAACAGAAGCGUCAGAGGGAACAAAACACCGAGAGGCGUCUGCAGCAUAUUGAACAGAAGCUGGAACAGCUGCUUGAACUGCUGCAGAAGUAAUGUGCAUAGCGAGGGUAGCCUAAAAAAUGUGUUAAAACUUAAAAGGAAAAC